AUGAUUGGUCCAAAAUCUAUAUUUUAGAUUCCUAUUACAGAAUAUUAGAAUCAGACUAAUGAUGAUCUAGAAUGUUUAGAUGAUUACUAUUCUUAGACCUUGUAAAAAGACUAAUUAUCAACAUCCUAAUUCAUUAUAUUCAAACCAACUCAUAAAACUAAGUCCAAUAAAAAAGUGAGAUUCAAUCUAGAUAUUGUCCUAUGCCAAUUUUGCAGAGAUGAACCAGCCCUUACAAUAUCUAAAUAAACUAAACAACUCAUUAUGUCAAGGCCUAACUUAAAAUGGGUUAACCCAACAUUCUGUAACAACAAAAAAAAAUGA